CAACACUGUCUACUGUCUACCACCUCUUACACGAGUGUGUCACGCGGAUUGUUGCCUUUCCUGUAAGAUGCCCAGGAAACGAAGGAAUAGAGCCGUAACAGAGUGAACCCAUUGCGCCGUUACAAACGAACCCUUUCUGCACCCCACAAUGCUCACGAGUCGGCGUGUCCCACCUGAUUGACUACACUUAUCGGCGAGCUGCGUGGUCUGCGAUAAGUCUGUAAGACUGUUUGUCACCCUUUCGUUUUCUCCUUCCUACAUCUCGGCCUUGCUGCUUUCAUAUUUGCUCCUGGUUCUGUCGCUGUCCUUGUGUCUCUGGCGCAUUUGCUUUUGCGGAACAGACAGGAAGCAGCAAUCAAUGAUAAGAUAGUCACACCGGGAGGAAGAGGCAGCGGUCGCGGAAUUGAAGACCGGCCGUUAGGAACGAUAUGGCGCCUGGUCUCAUUGAACCACAACCAGCAGUCGAGCCAGCAAGCCAAAGGAAUCUGUCCUCGGUCACGGAAACGUUUGACGAUACUAUCCGCUUCUAUCUAAAUGGCACCAAAGUCGUCCUGGAUACCGCAGACCCUGAGGUUACUCUGCUGGAGUACUUGCGCGGCAUAGGCUUGACAGGCACAAAGCUCGGCUGCGCAGAAGGAGGAUGCGGUGCUUGCACGGUCGUCGUUUCGCAGUAUAACCCAACCACAAAGCAAAUCUACCACGCCUCAGUCAAUGCUUGCUUAGCGCCGCUGGUCAGCGUGGAUGGCAAGCACGUCAUCACUGUUGAAGGUAUUGGCAAUGUCAAGAACCCACACCCUGCUCAGGAGAGGAUAGCGAAGGGCAAUGGCAGCCAGUGUGGUUUUUGCACGCCUGGCAUAGUCAUGAGUCUGUACGCUCUCCUGCGGAACAAUGAGAACCCUUCAGAGCAUGAGAUUGAAGAAGCAUUCGACGGCAAUCUCUGUAGAUGCACCGGCUAUCGUCCGAUUCUGGAUGCCGCUCAAUCCUUUGGCGCUACGAAGGGUUGUGGUAUGUCGAAAGCGAAUGGCGGCAGCGGAUGUUGCAUGGAGAACGGCGCCAAUGGUACGAAGGGUUGCGGCAAAAACGGCGCGAAUGGCGAUGAUCAGCCUAUCAAACGUUUCACUCCACCUGGCUUCAUCGAGUACAACCCAGACACGCAGCUCAUCUUUCCACCGGCCUUACGAAAGCACGAGUAUAAGCCACUCGCCUUCGGCAACAAGCGAAAGCGAUGGUACAGACCUGUCACUCUGAAGCAGCUCCUCGAGAUAAAGAGCGUCUAUCCUUCAGCGAAGAUCAUUGGAGGCAGCACGGAGACGCAGAUCGAGGUGAAGUUCAAGGCUAUGCAGUAUACGGUCUCCGUCUACGUAGGAGACAUUGCAGAGCUGAGAGGCUACACCUUUGCAGAUGACCACGUUGAGAUUGGCGGGAACGUCACACUCACCGAUUUAGAAGACCUGAUGCGUAAGGCGGUUGACCAGUAUGGCAAAGAUCGAGGGCAGCCAUUCGCAGCCAUCCUGAAGCAGAUCAGGUACUUCGCAGGGCGACAGAUCCGCAACGUUGGCACCCCCGCAGGCAAUCUAGCGACAGCAUCACCUAUAUCCGAUCUGAACCCCGUCUUCGUCGCGACAAACGCUGUGCUUGUGGCAAAGAGUCUGGACGAGACGACUGAGCUGCCAAUGUCCGAGUUCUUCAAGGGCUAUCGUCUAACAGCGCUCCCGCCGGAUGCGAUCAUUGCCAGCAUUCGCAUCCCCGUCUUCCGGGAGAAAGGAGAGUACAUGCGCGCAUACAAGCAGGCCAAGCGGAAAGACGACGACAUUGCCAUCGUCAACUCGGCGUUGCGGGUCCGGCUCGGUGAAGACCAUAUCGUUGAAGACUGCACUCUGGUGUAUGGCGGUAUGGCGCCGAUUACCAUCGCAGCGAAGAAAGCGACGGAGUACCUGCACGGCAAGAAGUUCAGCGAUCCGAAGACUCUGGAGGGCGUAAUGAAUGCGCUCGAGCAGGACUUCGAUCUCCGCUUCGGCGUGCCUGGCGGCAUGGCAACGUACCGCAAGUCUCUGGCGCUCGGCUUCUUCUACCGCUUUUACCACGACGUGCUGUCCCAGCUCAACCCAGAAGAUAGUGCGGUCGACCGGCAAGCGCUUGAGGAGGUCGAGCGUGACAUCAGCCAGGGCCGCAAAGACCACAAAGCUGGCGAGGCUUACGAGCAGAAGAUCCUUGGCAAAGAGCAACCGCAUGUCGCGGCGCUCAAGCAAUGCACGGGAGAGGCACAGUACCUGGACGAUAUGCCUGUGCAGAAGAACGAGCUCUACGGGUGCCUUGUGCUCUCCACCAAGGCUCACGCGAAGAUCUUGUCAGUCGAUCAUACUCGAGCGCUCGACAUACCCGGCGUGGUUGACUGGGUAGAUCACACGGACCUACCAAACGCGGAAGCGAACUGGUGGGGUGCUCCCAACUGUGACGAGUUGUUCUUCGCAGUCGACGAAGUCUUUACAGCGGGUCAGCCCAUCGGUAUGGUUCUCGCUACGUCGGCCAAGAUUGCUGAGGCUGGCUCGAGGGCGGUGAAGGUCGAUUACGAAGAUUUGCCAGCCAUCUUCACCAUCGAGGAGGCUAUUGCAGCAGGCAGCUACUUCGACCACUACCGCUAUAUACACAACGGCGACGUAGAGAAGGCGUUCAAAGAAGCCGAUCAUGUGUUCACUGGCGUAGCCAGGAUGGGCGGGCAAGAGCACUUCUACCUGGAGACUAACGCCGCUCUGGCGAUCCCCAAGCCCGAAGACGGUGAGAUGGAAAUCUGGUCAUCCACGCAGAACCCAAGCGAGACGCAAGCGUACGUUGCUCAGGUGACCGGCGUAGCGGCGAAUAAGGUCGUGUCCAAGGUCAAGCGUCUCGGCGGUGGGUUUGGCGGCAAGGAGACGAGAAGUAUUCAGCUCGCCGGCAUCUGCGCGACCGCCGCAAAGAAAGCCAAACGGCCAGUGCGGUGUAUGCUCAACCGCGAUGAAGAUAUCUUAACGAGUGGGCAGAGGCAUCCCUUCUUGGCACGUUGGAAGGUCGCUGUCAACAAAGACGGCAUGCUCCAAGCACUGGAUGCAGAUGUCUUCAACAACGGCGGCUGGAGCCAAGAUUUGAGCGGUGCUGUCGUGGAUCGAGCACUAAGUCACUGCGAUGGCGUCUACCGCUUCCCAGCUGUCCACGUCAGAGGCCGCAUCUGCAGGACGAACACCGUCUCCAACACCGCCUUCCGCGGCUUUGGUGGCCCUCAAGGGAUGUACAUCGCCGAAAGCUACAUGGAAGAAGUUGCCGACCAGCUCGGCAUGCCCGUGGAGAAGCUGCGUGAAAUCAACAUGUACAAAGCGGACGAAGAAACCCACUUCCGCCAAUCGCUCAAAGACUGGUACGUCCCGCUGAUGUGGCAGCAAGUCCGCUCCGAAUCCCGCUACGAAGAACGCAAGCGCGAGAUCGAAGCCUUCAACGCGAGCAGCAAGUGGAAGAAGCGCGGCCUCGCCAUCAUCCCGACCAAAUUCGGCAUCUCCUUCACCGCCCUCUUCCUCAACCAAGCCGGCGCGCUCGUGCAUAUCUACCACGACGGCAGUGUGCUCGUCGCCCACGGCGGCACGGAAAUGGGUCAAGGCUUGCACACGAAGAUGACGAUGAUCGCAGCCGAAGCGCUGCAAGUCCCGCAAGAGAACGUCUACAUUUCCGAAACCGCCACGAACACGGUAGCCAACACCUCCUCCACCGCCGCCUCCGCCUCCUCCGACCUAAACGGCUACGCAAUCUGGAACGCCUGCUCCCAACUAAACGAACGCCUCGCCCCUUACCGCGAAAAACUCGGGCCCGAGGCAACCAUGAAAGACCUCGCGCACGCAGCCUACUUCGACCGCGUCAACCUCUCCGCCAACGGCUUCUACAAAACCCCCCAGAUUGGGUACGUCUGGGGACCGAACACGGGACAAAUGUUCUUCUACUUCACCCAAGGCGUCGCGGCCGCCGAGGUGGAAAUCGACACACUCACGGGGGACUGGACGUGCCGACGGGCAGACAUCAAAAUGGACGUCGGUCGCUCCAUCAACCCGGCCAUCGAUUACGGCCAGAUCGAAGGCGCCUUCGUGCAAGGCAUGGGUCUCUUCACGCUGGAAGAAUCGCUCUGGCAUCGCGCGAGCGGGCAGAUCUUCACGCGCGGGCCGGGCGCGUACAAGAUCCCGGGUUUCCGCGACAUACCGCAGGAGUUCAACGUGAGUCUGUUGAAGGACGUGAAUUGGGAGAAUCUCCGCACGAUUCAGCGGAGCAGGGGUGUGGGCGAGCCGCCGUUAUUCCUGGGGAGUUGCGUGUUUUUCGCUAUCCGGGAUGCGUUGAAAGCGGCGAGGAAGGAGUGGGGGGAGGAGGGCACGUUGAAUUUGCGGAGCCCGGCGACGGUGGAGAGGAUUAGGAUUAGUUGUGCGGAUCCGUUGGUGAAGAGGGCGGAGGUGAAGGCGGAGGAGGGGGAGAAGAGCUUCUUUAUUAGUAUCUAG